GAAGUCUAGACGCUCUGUAAGAAAAGUAUUUUACUUUAUUCUUUCUAUUUCCCUGCUCCUAAGCAACCACAGCCCAUUCUAAUAAAUAGUGUGCUUGUCAAUUCCUGAGAUGCACAACAAUAGAGAAUGGGGAAUGCACACAACACAGCCAAAGGGUCUUGGGCACCAAGAGAAAGAGUGAGGCAGAUCACAGACGGAAUAUUUGAGAAAGUUACAGAAGGCAAAGCUUCUGCAAAUGUCGAUGAUGUCUACACAGGGAUUCUUCUCUCAUUUAACGAUAUCAAUGGAAUGAUGCCGGGAAUUCAUAUCGAUCCACCUUCGAAAGAAGAUGUAGAGAAGUUUGACAAAGACAAAAAUGGGCAUGUAGAAAAAGAGCAGUUUGCUGCAUUUAUCUUGGACAAGUGCACUUUUGAUCUGAUAACUGAAAUAAACAAGGAUGUGACAGUUAGCUCAUUUAGAUGGCCUGCUCUGAUAAUGGUGGGUGCUCCAAUUGUAGCAGGGAUGACAAAGGACUCUUCUGAAAAAGUACCAGUCAUUGGCAAAUCACUGAACAACUUGUCUGAUUCAGUGUUGGCUUCAGCCAUUGCUGUUGUUGGCAUGCUUUUGCUUCAAAGCAUUUCUCGGCCCAAACUGAAGAAGGGAUAACCAGGAUAUAUACAAAAAUGUGGCUGUUACUUAAUGCAAUAUAAAUCAUUUUCUUUUGU